AUGUUCGCCUUGACAAGUCACAAGCCGCAGAUUAAGAGCCGAACCAUUGCACACAUUCCAGAAAUAUUUAAUGACAGGGAAGACGAGGAGUUUCUACAUGCCAGUCCCUCAAAUUGCAAUAAAAUGAACACCAACGAGGAUGAGAAUGAAGACAAUCCCAACGCUGCAGAUUUCGCCGAUGUCGACGCUGGCGAUGAUGAAUCGAACCCGAAUGUGAUCAGGACUUCAGACAAGCGCCGAAGAUUGAACGAUAUCGAGAACGACUCCAAUAAGCUUCUCCCGCUCGCGGCUUUGAAUAGUGACAUGGAACUUUGGAGCGUCUUCAGUGAGGCGUAUCUUAGCAAGGUGCAGAAAGCCUUCUCACUCUUGUGUGGCCGCAACUCUCAACAUGUUGACUUUCCCCGCAAGUGGAAGAGGUGGCUCAACAAUUCAAGCCCAAGGCUCCUCAACCAGCAGCCGCGAGCCAGCCUCCGGAGUCCGGGCACAUGGAAAUUGAGGAGAGCCACCUCGACCUACUGCCCACUCAUGGUGAGCCCUCACAUUGUCGUGGAGGGUAUCAAACGCAGACCAAUACCGCCAGAUCACAUCAAAGCUACGAAUAAAUACUAUGUUGACCUCGCAACAUGCCGGACCCAGGCCGAUAUUGCCGCGUGAAACAAGCCAGGCCCGCCGCUGGUGAAGGGCAAGCUCGACCUUGCUGCGAAAAAGCAAGACCAAAUCCUGGAUUUCGAUAUUCAUCAUGCCUACGACAUGGCUUCGCAUGUCCCAACCAACAAGGAUACAUUCGUGCAUCUGAAUGAAGCUCAGGUGCUCUAG